CUUUCAUGGAAGCUGCAGAUGUACUCUUUGCCGAUUUUAAAAAUGAGAAGGAGAUCGUGUCUGCAGGAUGUGCAGCUCUCAAGAAAGUCUGUUGCACGACGAUGCGAGUUAAUGACGAAGGAUAUUGAUCGGCAACUGAGGAAUGAUAUUGAGAUGGUACACAGCAACGACUCGACAGACUGGAGUCAAAGGUGGACCGCAUACUACAACUACUGGUGAGGAAUCAGGCUGCUGAAGAAGCUGACUGCAUUGGAGAUAUUGCAGGCCAGACUUAAAACAACGGAGGAACUGGACCAAUUCAGCAAAACGUUGGAGGACCAGGAGUUUAGGAGGACAGUGGUGAAUCUGCUAAAACAGCUAUCUGGAUCAAUGCUGAACUCCUUUGCCAGGACGAUGCUCGGUGAAAUUGGGAUGUGGCGGUUGUGGGCUGGCGUCAGCCUCAAAGGAUGGAAAGGGAAGAAAGCCCUGCAGCCUCUCACUCUCUAGAGUUUUGAAGAAAGCCUUCAGCAACAAGAUGGAAAUUUUACCAGAUGCUAUGGAUGAUGCGUUAACUGAAACACUGCGCCAUGCCACAAAGAGGAAAAUGGACAGAUUGAAAAAAGCACUGAAAUUGCCAAAGCUUCCCAUUGGAGCCAAAAGGAAGAGCAUCAACGCGAGCAAAAUCACUGAAUCUGUGUUCUAUGGAAAGGUGGAGGACGUGAAGAAGCUCGCACAAGAAUAUGCUCAUGAGAAGGAAACAUUUAACAGAAUAGCACUUCAUUGUGCCUGUCAACAUGGAAAAGUUGCCGUGGUUCGGUUUCUGGUGGAAAACAAAGCCGACCUCAAUGCUUGUGACGACUAUAAUCGGAGUGCCCUCAUGAAGGCAGUCGAGCACCAGAGGGAGUCCUGUGUCAGGAUACUACUGGGCAGUGGUGCUGACAUAAACCACGUGGACAGUGAUGGUCGAACUGCUCUGCAUUUAGCAGUGGCAAAGAAAAGCAUGCGAAUUGUUGAGCUGUUGAUUAAGAAAAAGGCUGACAUCCAUGCAAAAGACAAGAAUGGUCAUACGCCUCUGGUUCUGGCUGUUCUCGAUGGUCAAUAUGAGGUGGUCAAGUAUCUCAUCGAAAAGGGUGCUGACGUUGAUGUUAGGGACCAGCAGCUAAGGACGCCACUAAUGUUAGCAGUAGUCGGUGGUUGUCAGAAGACGUGGCAGUUGCUGCUGGACUCAGGAGCUGAUCGCACACUGAAAGACAUCAGUGGACAGACCGCUGAUGACUACAUAGCUGAUCUCCCCAAAUUUUUAUCAGUGAAGAAACCUGCAUCGCAAGAGUCAUCAAACACGAGCACCAGGUCAUCAAAGAGGAACACUGAGUCAAAAAAGAGGAGCACUAAAAACAAAGAGUGUGACAAUUCUUGUGAAGUCCAGGAAGGGUUAUUUGGAGGAUUGGCCAGUGACUCAGAUGAGCUGACAACACGUGAAGUAAUGAAAGAUAUGGAGAAGAAAAAGGAGUUAAAGUCAUUCAAGUGGACAAAUCCUGACUCAGACCAUUGUUCAUCAGACAUCAUGGAGUUCAAACCAGUUCCACAUCAACAGAAACUACCAGAGGAAAUGUUGGAAAUUGAUCUUGGAAGUGAUGAAAAAUCUGUAGUGGAGUCAGAACCACAAGAACCUGACUCAUCGUCAUUAGAAGAAGAUGAGUUUACUCUGAAGUGCCCAGAAGGGCUCCAAAGCCUUGUACCUCAGAAAAACAUCUCUCAAGACCCCAUAAACAAGAUGAAGCAGCCAAACCUUUCUCCUGAUGUUGAGGCCUCCAUCCAAAAGAAAAAGAGCAGCCCUCCACCAUUACAGACGAAGUUUCAGCCUAAAGUCAGAAGCACCAAAGUCCCACUGAAACAGGAGGAGGACAAACCACGCAGUGGCACCAAAAUGGACCAGACCAGAGAAGACCAGAGGAAGGUGGACAAGAAUCAACAGUCAAAGAUUCAGAUCCCUAAGGUCUCUGAGAAGGAGAAGAUGCUCCAACAAAUUGCUUUGCAGAAGGACCAGCUUGAAGCCCUGAAAGCUGAACUUGAAAGUUCACAGGCCAACAGUCUCCUCAAAGAACAAGGCCUUAUGGAGGAGAUUGAAGCACUCAAACAGCAGAUGGCUGUGUCCUCUCAGAAGAAGAAGAUGAGGCUCCAAGAAAUUGCUUUGCAGAAGGACCAGCUUGAAGCCCUGAAAGCUGAACUUGAAAGUUCACAGGCCAACAGUCUCCUCAAAGAACAAGGCCUUGUGGAGGAGAUUGAAGCGCUCAAACAGCAGAUGGCUAUGUCCUCUCAGAAGAAGAAGAUGAGGCUCCAACAAAUUGCUUUGCAGAAGGACCAGCUUGAAGCCCUGAAAGCUGAACUUGAAAGUUCACAGGCCAACAGUCUCCUCAAAGAACAAGGCCUUAUGGAGGAGAUUGAAGCGCUCAAGCAGCAGAUCGCUAAGCUGUCUGACAGGGAGAAGAUGCUCCAAAUAAAUUCUUUGGAGAAGGAUCAGCUUGAAGCCCUGAAAGCUGAACUUGACAUUUUACAGGUCACCAGUCUCCUCAAAGAACAAGGCCUUAUGGAGGAGAUUGAAGCGCUCAAGCAGCAGAUCGCUGAGCCCUCUGACAGGGAGAAGAAGCUGCUCCAAAGGAAUACUUCACUGCAACAGCGGGUGACCUCCCUGGAGAUCAAGCUGAAGGAUUCAAAGAGGAGCAGAGGACUCAAGGAGAACCAACUUAUGGAGGAGAACGAGGCCCUCAAGAAACAGAUCGCUAAGUUGUCUGACAGGGAGAAGAUGCUCCAAAUAAAUUCUUUGGAGAAGGAUCAGCUUGAAGCCCUGAAAGCUGAACUUGACAUUUUACAGGUCACCAGUCUCCUCACAGAACAAGGCCUUAUGGAGGAGAUUGAAGCGCUCAAGCAGCAGAUCGCUGAGCCCUCUGACAGGGAGAAGAAGCUGCUCCAAAGGAAUACUUCACUGCAACAGCGGGUGACCUCCCUGGAGAUCAAGCUGAAGGAUUCAAAGAGGAGCAGAGGACUCAAGGAGAACCAACUUAUGGAGGAGAACGAGGCCCUCAAGAAACAGAUCUCUAAGCUGUCUGACAGGGAGACGAUGCUCCAAAAAAAUUCUUUGGAGAAGGAUCAGCUUGAAGCCCUGAAAGCUGAACUUGACAGUUUACAGGUCAACAGUCUCCUCAAAGAACAAGGCCUUAUGGAGGAGAUUGAAGCGCUCAAGCAGCAGAUCGCUAAGCCGUCUGACAGGGAGAAGAUGCUCCAAAAAAAUUCUUUGGAGAAGGAUCAGCUUGAAGCCCUGAAAGCUGAACUUGACAGUUUACAGGUCAACAGUUUCCUCACAGAACAGGGCCUUAUGGAGGCGAUUGAAGCGCUCAAGCAGCAGAUCGCUGAGCCCUCUGACAGGGAGAAGAAGCUGCUCCAAAGGAAUACUUCACUGCAACAGCAGGUGACCUCCCUGGAGAUCAAGCUGAAGGAUUCAAAGAGUAGCAGAGGACUCAAGGAGAACCAACUUGUGGAGGAGAACGAGGCCCUCAAGAAACAGCUGGAGACAGUAGCAGCUGAGCUCACGCAGGAACAGAAGACUCGUCACCUGCUGGAGACAGAGGUCAAGUCAUCUCAGACCUGCUUGUCUGAAGUCAUACAGGAGGCUGAACGGUCCAAGGCAGCCCAAGAAGACAGAGAGAAAAGUCUGCUGAAGGAAAUGGACGAGCACAAACAACUGACAGCUGAAGCUGCCAGUCUGCGUGAGUCAGUCAGAAGUUUGUCUCAGCAGCUGAUUAGUGCAGAGGAACGUGCAACCAGCCUGGAGAAGGAGAUCCAUCAUUUGACACAGCAGCUGUCAGAGAAAGACCUGCUCCUGGACACCCUGCAGCAGGACAAAGACCAGGCAGCUGCAAGUGUCAAAGAGCUGGAAAAGGCUCAGAGGGAGCUGGUCAGUGCACCAAAGGAGGCUGUAAACAAGCUGCUCACCCAAGCCCAGAGGGAAUAUCAGUUGCUAUGGCAACAUCUGGAGAUCGCCCAAGAAAAGAUUGAUGAGCUGCAGCGAAAUCUCAAAAAGAAAACGUCACAGUGCAGCCAUCUCCAGGAAGAGAAUAAGCUGCUGGAGGAUGAGUUGGCCUCCCUGAAGAACAAGAGCAACAGAAUUGAGCAACUGGAGAACAAAGUGAGGAACUUGGAGGAUGAGUUGGCCUCCCCAAAGAACAUGAGCCACAGAAUUGAGCAGCUGGAGAACAAACUCAGUAAGUUGGAGGAUGAGUUGCUGGUCCUGAGGAGUCAAGCGGAGGCUGCCAACAGGGAAAAGGAUCAGAUGACCCAGUACUGCAGUGACCUAAAGGAGAAGGCACGGAAGACGAUCCAGAAAAAAGAGGAUCAGAUCAGCUUGCUUAAGUCCCAGGCGGCGGCCCGACAAAGCCCGAACCCACAGAAUACCAUGUACCUACAGCUUUCUAAGAAGAACAGAGAGCUGGAGGGUGGGUCGGCCUCCCCGAAGAAUGUGAGCUUCAGAAAGGAGCAGCUGGAGAAGAAACUCAGCAAGUUGGAAGUUGAGUUGCUGGUCCUGAAGAGUCAAGCGGAGGCUGCCAACAGGGAAAAGGAUCAGAUGACCCAGUACUGCCGUGACUUAAAGGAGAAGAUAUGGAAGACGAUCCAGAAAAAAGAGGAUCAGAUCAACUUGCUUAAGUCCCAGGCGGCGGCCCAACAAAGCCUGAACCCACAGAAUCCUGUGCACCUUCAGCUUUCUAAGAACACAGAGCUGGAGGAUGCUACGUUUAACGGCUACACCACCUACGAGGAGCUCCUCAAACAGAGAGACUCUGCACGAGCUGAGGUGGCACAAGUGAAGGAGGUCUAUUCACAGGAGAUGCAGGUUCGCCUCGCCGCAGCUAACCAAAUCGAUAGUUUGGGCCUUCAGCUCGGAGAAUUGGCACAUGAGGUGCAGCGGAUGGUUGCAGCAGGUACCAGCAAUAUGAAGAAAUCAUAAAGUGUGAAGGGCAGAGCAACAGGAAGGACGACCAUCUAUCCAGAAUAAAGCUUGUGCCAAAUCUGCACGCAGUGCUUGCUGUAUCAGUUGUGGUGACGCAAGAGAAGACUGGGAGCAGCCAGAAGACUGAAUCUAAAGAACCUUCAUGAGUUAAAUGUGCAAUAAAAAUUUUAGGUUAAAGAAGUCUUUUAUUCCCUUUGUGAAUAUUUUUACAAAGUGGUUAUUGACGAAGUGGCAGACCACUUCAUCAUUUUAAUCAUAAAGAUUUUAUCUGUAAAUAACCAUGUUAAAAA